AUGACGCUGACUGUCAGCGUGUGGGACUCUGAUCGCGGCCAGGACGACCCACUUGGCUCUGCAACCUUUGAGCUUCAAUUGGAAAACGGGGUGCGCACAAUGACGCUUCCGCUCGAGCACGUGCCCGGUGGACGCGAGUCAACAGUCACAUUCACGUCGAGAGUCGAGCUGCCGCUCCGCCCGUCGCCCGAGCCCGAAGCCGAGGCCGUGACCGAGGCCGUGACCGCUGGCCCAGUCACGAGGAAGGAGAUCCGAAUGAUGAGCCCUGAAGAGCAACAGCGGUAUGCGGCGGCUGUCAAGAAGAUGAUGGAGAACACGAGCGGGCCGGAGAGCUCCGAAUUCUUCCGCCUGGCGGGAUACCACGGCUGGCCCGGCAACGGCGCCGAGCGAAACUACAGCUACUGCGAGCACCGUCAGGAGACCUUCCCGGGCUGGCACCGCGCGUACUUGAUAGCCUUUGAGCAGUCGCUGCGCGAUGCCGAUCGCGCGCUGGGCAACGACGGACACAUCGGUCUGCCGUAUUGGGACGUCCUUGCGCGGCCCGAGCUCAACGGCCAGGUCGUCCCGUCCAUUGUCAAGGAGCACUUUGGCAACGGGACCGCCGUGCCGCGCGCUCUCCUCGACGAGAGCUUACCGCCAGGCGGCGCGGCGCAUCAGCGCAAGCGGCUCUGGGAUGAGGGGUACGCCAUCGCCGACGACGCGGAUCUAAAGAGGACGAUCGAGAGCCAACGCCUCCCCGAAAAGAUUGGCGACGCGCUCUGGAUUCGCCAGCACUACCGCGCGGCCUCGACGUACGGCACCUCCAGCCGAGAUUCCGUGGAGACGCCGCAUGACCUCAUCCAUGUGCUCAGCGGCUUCCCGAUGAAGCGUACCUGGAGAACAACCCAGAUUCCCAACGCGAAUUUGAAGGCAAUCCCACCACCCGUGCUCAAGGGUGGAGGGCCGUCCUUCGCGCCGUCGAACGACUUUGAGGACGAGGACCAUGAGGUCGAUGACACGCCCACUUUCCCGCCCGGCUCGACGGUGACGUAUGCGGUGGAGGAGGCGCCCGGCUACCUGAACCGGGGAAUGCUGCUUAACGAGGUCGCCCAGUGCUUUGCAGCGUGGGCUGGUCCUACUGCGAGUGGGCUCGAGUUUGAGCGGCUGCCCGCGGAGCGCGCCGACGACGCGCAGCUCGUUAUCGGCUGGGCCGACCACUCCAAGGUCAACCAGAAGAAGUUUGACGGACCCGGCGGCCACCUCGCAGAGGCGAACGCUUCGAGCAUCGUGUUUGACUCGGCGGAGCGAUGGCUGCUGCACGGUGUGGGCUGGGAGAAGCUCGCUCGCUCCGAGGAGCCCAAGGGUGCGCCACCCAGCUUCUACCUUGCGCCCGUCCUCCUGCACGAGAUCGGCCACACUCUCGGGCUCACGCACUCUCACACUCCGACCGAGGUGAUGGCGCCGCAUUACGCAGCUGACAAGGUCAGUCUGGCGCCUGGCGACAAGUCGCGCGCCCGCCUAGCAUACAGCGUGCCCGAACCCGACGAAAGCAAUCUAACACCACCACCGGAGCCGGCGCUUCCGGCUUGA